GACCGGUGUCACGUGACUAACCUGUUGACUGCUGCGAUGGCGAUGGCGAUGGCGGUGACUGCUCCCCGCUCUAUGUUGCGCCUAGCGAGUACCGCUCGGCUCCCUCUCACCGCCGCCUACCAUAAGAAGGUAGUGGAUCACUAUGAGAAUCCCAGAAACGUUGGCUCCUUGAAUAAGGAUUCAAAUAGUGUUGGAACUGGCCUGGUUGGUGCCCCAGCCUGUGGUGAUGUCAUGAAGCUACAGAUCGAAGUGGACAAGAAUGGAAAGAUUAUCGAUGCGAGAUUUAAAACAUUUGGAUGUGGGUCUGCAAUUGCUUCCAGUUCAUUGGCCACAGAAUGGGUGAAAGGAAAAACGGUGGAUGAAGCCUCAAAGAUUAAGAACACAGAUAUUGCAAAGGAACUAUGUCUCCCUCCAGUCAAACUACAUUGUUCAAUGUUGGCAGAAGAUGCGAUCAAAGCUGCUCUGGCAGACUACAAAGUGAAGCAGCAAAAUCAAAAUGAUCACAAGUAGAAACUGAAAAUGAACACACUUUUCCAAGAUGUAACCAAUAGUGUGGUGUGGUUCUGUAGUGGAAUUUCCAUAAGUUAAGGAAAACAUAUGCUUGAAAAAUCCUUCACUGUAAGAAGGGAACAGCAAGCCAUCAUAAUAUUAAAUUGGCUCUAAUCUGUGAUAUUCUAUUUGUGCCUUAAUUUUAUGGUUUAUAGAACAUAUUCGGGGAGGGUGUAAGGCUGUGUGAGCUAUAAAUAUGGGUGUAAGCACCAAAUUAGUUGUAUAAUGGUCUUGUAUGAUAUGCAAAAAUGUAUAAAUAUAGCUUUAUUGAAUCAAUACGUUUUUCAAUUUCAAUAAAUUCAAACGGUAGCUGAUUUCUAAACUGAUUUGUAGCUAACAGCUAUCUUGCACGUUUAGUUCAGUUUCUUCAAAUUAUGCCUGUGGAGUGACAACUGAAGCAGAACUAAAACCAAUAUAUUUCACUCCAGCUCCAUUAUGCACCUGCGGUGAAAUUAAUACCACAAGUUUUUACUAUGCAACAUUCUGUGGAGAUAUACAUUUGUUUAUUUAUUUUUAAUAAAUAAUAUACUGAUCUGAUUAA